AUGAGUGGGAUAAAGAAGGAACCGAUUGAAUCUGAUGAGGUUCCUCAACAAGAGACAAAAAAUAACUUACCUAGUGCACCUUCUGAGAUGUCACCCCUUUUCCUAAACAAAAACACACAGAAGGCUAUGCAAUCUAUUGCACCAAUAUUGGAGGGUUUCAGUCCUAAGACGUCAGCUAGCGAAAAUAUGUCUUUGAAAUUGCCACCUCCCGGUAUUCAAGAUGAUCACAGUGAAGAGAAUCUCACCGUGCAUGAUACUCUGCAAAGAACCAUAAGCACUGCACUAGGAAACGGAAACAACACCAAUACAGUUACAACUUCCGGUUUAAAAAAGGCAGACAGUGAAUCAAAGUCAGAAGCUGAUCCUGAGGGGCUCAGCAAUUCUAACAUAGUCAAUGAUGCAGAUAACAUAAAUUCCAUCUCCAAGACCGGAUCGCCCCAUUUACCUCAAGGAACAAUGGACGCUGAGCAGACUAACAUGGGAACUAACUCUGUACCUACUUCAUCAGCUUCUUCACGCAAAUCCUCGACUAGUCAUCCCAAACCUAGGCUACCCAAGGUAGGGAAGAUUGGGGUAUGUGCAAUGGAUGCAAAAGUCCUUUCAAAGCCAAUGAGACACAUUUUGAAUCGUUUAAUUGAACAUGGUGAAUUUGAAACUGUCAUUUUUGGAGAUAAGGUGAUUCUAGAUGAAAGAAUAGAGAAUUGGCCAACUUGCGACUUUUUGAUAUCUUUCUUUUCUUCAGGAUUUCCCCUAGAUAAAGCAAUUAAAUACGUCAAGUUACGCAAGCCUUUCAUUAUCAAUGAUUUAAUAAUGCAAAAGAUUUUGUGGGACAGGAGAUUAUGUCUACAAGUAUUAGAAGCCUACAACGUUCCAACACCUCCUAGACUGGAAAUCAGUAGAGAUGGUGGUCCCCGUGCCAACGAAGAAUUAAGGGCAAAAUUACGUGAGCAUGGCGUAGAAGUUAAACCCGUUGAAGAACCGGAAUGGAAAAUGGUUGAUGAUGAUACUUUAGAAGUUGAUGGGAAAACCAUGACUAAGCCCUUUGUUGAAAAGCCCGUUGAUGGUGAAGACCACAACAUUUAUAUAUACUAUCAUUCUAAGAACGGAGGAGGCGGUCGUCGUCUAUUCCGUAAAGUUGGUAACAAGUCUUCUGAGUUUGAUCCUACUUUGGUUCAUCCUCGUACGGAGGGGUCUUACAUUUAUGAGCAGUUUAUGGAUACCGAUAAUUUCGAAGAUGUGAAGGCUUAUACGAUUGGUGAGAACUUUUGUCACGCUGAAACUAGGAAAUCACCUGUGGUUGAUGGUAUAGUUAGAAGAAAUACUCAUGGUAAAGAAGUUAGAUAUAUUACUGAGUUAUCAGACGAAGAGAAAACCAUUGCUGGGAAAGUUUCCAAAGCUUUUUCACAAAUGAUCUGUGGUUUCGAUUUGCUUCGCGUUUCUGGUAAAAGUUACGUCAUUGAUGUUAACGGAUUUUCUUUUGUAAAGGAUAACAAAGCUUACUAUGAUUCAUGCGCCAAUAUAUUGAGAAGUACCUUCAUUGAAGCCAAAAAGAAGAUGGAUAUGGAAAAGAAGAAUCUGCCCAUUAUUCGUGAAGAAAAGGAACAAAAGUGGGUAUUCAAAGGACUGGCUAUCAUUAUCCGUCACGCGGACAGAACACCAAAACAGAAAUUCAAACAUUCAUUCACUUCGCCUAUUUUUAUAUCGUUACUAAAAGGUCACAAAGAAGAAGUUGUCAUUCGGAAUGUAAAUGAUUUAAAGAUUGUUCUUCAGGCCUUAAGAAUUGCGUUAGAUGAAAAAGCAGGAAAUCCAGCUAAAAUUAAAGUGUUAGCAAACGCUCUAGAAAAGAAACUGAAUUUUCCCGGUACGAAAAUACAAUUGAAACCGGUUUUAAAUAAAGAGAACGAAGUGGAAAAAGUUCAGUUUAUUUUGAAAUGGGGUGGUGAACCCACUCAUUCUGCCAAAUAUCAGGCUACGGAACUCGGAGAGCAAAUGAGACAAGAUUUUGACCUAUUGAAUAAGAGCAUUCUACAAAACAUCAAGAUAUUUUCAUCGUCUGAGAGACGUGUUCUUCAUACGGCGCAGUACUGGACCAGAGCUCUUUUUGGGGCCGAUGAAUUAGGUAGCGAUGAAAUCAGUAUUAGAAAGGAUCUUUUAGAUGACAGUAAUGCCGCCAAAGAUUUAAUGGAUAAGGUGAAAAAGAAGUUGAAGCCACUUUUAAGAGAGGGUAAGGAAGCUCCCCCACAAUUUGCCUGGCCUUCAAAGAUGCCGGAGCCAUAUUUAGUCAUAAAGCGAGUGGUUGAAUUGAUGAAUUACCAUAAAAAAAUUAUGGAUAACAACUUUGCUAAAAAGGAUGUCAACUCGAUGCAAACAAGAUGGUGUACUUCUGAAGAUCCUAGUUUGUUUAAGGAAAGGUGGGAUAAACUUUUCAAAGAAUUCAAUAAUGCUGAAAAAGUCGAUCCUUCUAAAAUUUCUGAAUUGUAUGAUACUAUGAAGUAUGAUGCUCUUCACAACAGGCAGUUCCUAGAGAACAUAUUUGACCCGGGUCUUCCAAAUGAAGCUAUCGCCGAUGAACUCGGCAGUCAUUCUUUAGUUGACCGAUACCCAAUUAACGUUCUCGCCAAAAAUAAUUUUAAGAUAAUAGACAGUCAUAGCAUGAACAAUUCUGGAAAGAACAGUAGUAAUAGUGUUGGGUCGUUAGGAUGGGUUCUGGAAAGCGGAAAAACAUCUACAGCAAGAAACCCCAAAUCUUCUUCUCAAUUCGAUGAGCCACGCUUUAUGCAGUUGCGGGAGCUGUAUAAGCUGGCCAAAGUAUUGUUUGAUUUUAUCUGCCCCAAAGAAUAUGGUAUUUCAGAUGCAGAGAAACUGGAUAUCGGUUUGUUAACUUCGUUGCCUUUGGCAAAGCAAAUACUAAAUGAUAUAGGAGACAUGAAAAAUAGAGAAACUCCAGCUUGUGUUGCGUACUUCACCAAAGAGUCCCAUAUUUACACUCUAUUGAAUAUCAUAUACGAAUCUGGUAUUCCAAUGAGAAUCGCUAGAAAUGCUUUACCAGAACUAGACUACUUGUCGCAGAUCACUUUUGAACUUUAUGAGAGUACGGAUGCUUCUGGUCAAAAAUCGCAUUCCAUUAGACUAAAAAUGUCUCCUGGGUGUCAUACUCAAGAUCCGUUAGAUGUUCAAUUAGAUGACAGGCAUUAUAUUAGUUGUAUUCCAAAGAUUUCCCUGACGAAGCAUUUGGAUAUGGACUAUGUUCAACAGAAAUUGAGAAACAAAUUUACCAGGGUCAUUAUGCCUCCGAAAUUUACACCAGUAAACAUUACGAGCCCCAACUUGAGUUUCCAGAAACGCAAAACCAGAAGAAAGUCGGUAUCUGUUGAGAAGUUGAAACGUCCUGCCUCGUCCGGAUCUUCAUCAUCUACCUCCGUUAACAAGACAUUAGAUUAG